AUUACUCAUAUAUAUAUAUCCUAUGAAUUUCAUUUUGCAUCGGAAACUAUUCUAGGAGAAGUUCGAAUCCGUUCCGUUCGGAUAUUGAUCGGUCUUGGUUUGACAUGGUUUACGCGUUACUGGUUCCCGGAAGAGUUAAUAUCUUCAUUAGCUAAACCCUUUCUUACCCUGCCUUUGGACUCGUAUUUUGUUUGUACACAAUUAACGGAGGCCUUCCCGACAUAUGUUGCAACGUCUUCAAUAGCAUGCUCUUACUUCGUCUUUCCUUUAAUAAGUUAUCAAAUUUGGUGCUUUUUGAUCCCCAGUUGCUAUGGAGAACAAAGGACGAAAUACAAUCGAUUCCUCCAUUUAAGUGGUUCUCGCUUCUCCUUGUUCCUGUUCCUAACUCCUCCCCGGGUAGUUCCCAAUGUUUGGCACUUUCCAUACUUCGUGGGUGCAACAUCAACAAAUUCGCUCAUGAUCAAGUUACAACCUAAGAUCUAUGACCAUAUUAUGUUAACUGUUCGUAUUUCGUUCAUUCCAUCGGUAUGCUCCCAGGUACCUGUAAUUGUGAUCCGUUUGCCAGAACCAAGGGGUCUUUCUGUGGAAACCUUCACGAACAAUCGUCGUUUUUUGAUGGUUUUUUCGCUUUUCACAGCAGCUCUUUCCACACCUCCGGAUAUCUGGUGCCAAAUCGUCGCCCGUUUCCUUAUUUCUUUGAUAAUAGAGUUGGCUAUCUUUGUGGCAUCGAUUGUACAAGUUCGUGAAGAGGGCUGGACGAGUGGAAUGAGGGAGAGCGGCUCGAUCGACAAAAAAGAUUAGUAGCCCCCCUAGAACCUGGCAAAGUAACUAUCAAUUCAUUCCCAUAAAGAUUAUAACACACAGAGGACUCCUUACCUUAGGAGCGGGAUGAGUGAUACAUCCGGUGAGCGCCGGUGAAGAACGCAAGCAAAGCUGAAGCUCGGGCAUUGUUAUAUUCCAUCAAGAGAAAGGAGGCAGACUGGUAAGAAGGCCGACCACAUAGGGGGAGCGAACCGAAAAGCUCAGCUUUGCGGAGCGGACCAAUCUUCCGCACCGCCCCCUUACUCUCUCUCUCUAUAAAAAAAGCCUGCGGGAAGCGCGAAGAGCUAAGCCACUAAUGUCGUGGCGAAGGUUAUACCUCAGAAAGUCAGCGAAGCUAAGGUUUCGUAUGUGUUAUAUCCUUUCGAUCGAGCGAAAACUUCUAAGGAAGGCCAUCAUUCCCCUUUAAAAAAAGUAAAAAAAAAAAAGAAAAACAAGUAUUCUGAAGCUAAAUGCUCUUGGAUGGGCAGGGGGAGAAACCCUUUUUUUUUCUCUUUUAUUUAUAUUUUUUGUAGUCUAUCACUUUGAGGUCAUGAGAACCUUGUGAAUUGAUAUAAAUUAUAGCAUGCAUCUCUGAGAAGAGUGGCACGGCCAAACAUCAUCCCAGAAGCGAAUCGGCUUACCAUUGCCCAAUCAAAGUCUAGCCCAAGUUCUGCCUGAAAGUUUCUUUGUACCAAAUAAUACCUUUCUAGAUGCAGGAUAUUUUUUAGGUGGGUUGGUCAAUCCAUUUUUUCCAUUGGAGAGGUACUUAGCAGCGAAAUAUGAGCACCAUGGCUUUUUCUUUUCCUUUGGAAAUCUCCAUAGCCACUUCAUAAGAAGGGCUGGCUUGGUUAAAGUCCACCUCCUUCGUUAAGGUGAUUGAAAAAAUCCAGACCAUAAACAAGAUUUCAUUUUUUGUAUGGGAUGUUAAUUUUUUUAAUCAGCUUACUAUCAAUAAACCAUGUGUUAGGUUCUCGUUGCGGGAGAUCUUGGAACGUGCCCGUCGUGUGAAUGCGCAUACAAAUAGGGUCACUAUUCGCCUACUACUAAACUCAUAAGAAAUCCAUUUAGAACACAUAAAAAUCAGUAAAGCAAGGGGAGAGCUCAUGCUUUGAGUUUGCUGACUUGAUCAAUCGAAAAGGCCUGACACUUCGACAGUAACUCACUACCCUUUCAGAUAGAGAGAUCCUUUAUCUAGAGCUAGAGAUAGGCCCAAAGUCUUGUGUAUGAUGGUCGUAGAUGGUGUGGUCUCAAGGGUUACCCCAGACCACUCCCUGCUCGAGGAACGUAGUAACUCGACUAAAGGAGAGGCAUUUAGAUCAUGCAUGGAUGAGAGACCCUUGCUUGAGGGCAUGAAGGAAUUCACAAGAGAAUCAGGGGCAACUGUCAGCAAAUCAAAUAAGGGGUACCCAGCUCUCUUAAGUUAAGGAAGUUCGUGACCUAAUAGGAGUGACUGUAGUCAAGCAAGCAGAAGGUUACAGGCAAGCGGGGUAGUGUACUUUUAUCCGCAAAGAAUGGGAUUGAUGCUAAGCUAAGGAAUCCCCUACUAAUCGAAAGAGGGGAUUCAAAAGUGUCUAUUCUAUAUUCCAAGGUGCGAAGGGUCGAUGUAAUUGAGAAAGAAGCGCUCUAGCUCUCACUUGAAGUACAGGAAGGAUAAUGACUCGAGCUUUUCCGAAUGAAAGGCGAUAGGGGACGUACCCUAAGGAAGCAAGAAGGGAGGAUUUUCUUUAUCACUAGUCCUUGAUCCGCCCCCUCGUCGACUAGCUUAACUUGCCGAACCUCCUUUCUUGAAGGCGCGCUUUGCUUUCAAGGCAGCUCGACCUUCAGGAAAGAAUUCUUUGCUUUAUCUCCUUCGCUACUAAAGGCGAGUUUCCGGUCUUAGCUGAAUGUUCUUUCCUCCCUUGCCUACAGCGGCUCUCUCUAUCUUUCAUGGGGUAAUCCUCCCUACUGGGAAGCCACUUUCUGAUCCGCCAGCAAGCCUUCACCUCCUCUCGCUAUCGGUCAAGCUGCACGCAAUCCACAACAACAAGAGAAAGGCCAGUCACAGAACACAAACCCAAUCCAGUCGGAGAACCCACCCAUGCAUUCAAUUAGAAAAACCUUCCUUCAUGUAGGUGCGGUCGAGCGGAAAAAGCCCAAGAGCUCCCCGCGUGGGGACCACCUACACAGGCAUACAGCUGCGCACCAGACGGGUUAACAAAGAGCGCCUGUACACAACAUAACAAAGCUUAAUCUCCGUCUCAAUAGACGGGCAGUUCCAUAUCGAAAUCGAUAGCCGGAGAAUGGCCCAAUGGUUUCUUCCACCUCGGUCGGCGAAAGGUUAUUCACAAUGUUAAUAAUCUCCUCCUCAGCAGAUAGUCUGACUUCGUUGUCGGCUUGGAUCGUAACGAUGCUUCCUUUGUAGCGGAAUUUCAAACACUGAUGAUAUGUAGAAGAGAUUGCCCCAGCUUGAUGAGUCUCCCCAAAAAUUGAUUGAAGGUUGCCUUGAUAUCUAGGACAUGGAACUCUGUCAUAAGGCUGAGUGGACUCACUUGAAGAUCAAGGGUAAACUUGCCCCUUGCAGCUCUCUUCGAAAGAGAGUAUGCUCUUAUUGAUGCAGACGAUGGAGUAAGGAGAGAUUCUUUCAAGCCGAGAGUUUGGACAGUUGAAAAAGAAAGGGCACCCUCUUUAGAAGAGUUUGAUCACCAAAGAGGUUUUUUCAACUAUUCAUUGAAAGGGGGAGCUUUACCCGCUAAAGACUUAGAACUCGAGGGGAGACGAAUGCUAAGAUGAAGGCCAGUCUCGGGAAUCAGACUCGGGAAGAAUAGGAUUUUUUUCCUUGGGACUUUGCCACCCAUAACAUAAAUAGAAGAGGAAGCUUCUGCCCUUUUUCCUUCUUUUGAGUCUACGCACUUUUGCUUAGUAUGUUGUUUAUAUGCUUGUUAAUUUAGUUUAAUGGAUCUUCUCAUAGGUAGCUGCCUGUAAUUAGCGACCUUCCUCUUUUUUACAAGCAUGAGUAGGACUUCUAGUGUUGGGAAAGUCAUCCUUUCCUUGACAUAAGCUCUAGUUUCUCUCUGUUAUGGCAUUCCCAUAUGCUUUAUAAUUCCUAUAUGUUUCUAUAUUUGAGGUAGUAUUCUUCUAGAGAAGGAAGAAAAGCCAUCAGCCCAGGGAUACUCUGUAGACCGUUAGACUCGUGCUUCUGUUGGCUGUUGGGAAGUACUUCGUUUCACUUCUCAAAACAUAGGAGAGAAGCCAGUGACCGUAGGAGAGCUUUUUGCCCCUUCCUUGGUUCUUGGUCUAUUCCGAUGAAUAAGACCGAAUCGAGUGCAUAUUUAUUCCGAUUGCUUCCUUCCUUCGUAUUCAAUUCGUAUCUCGAAAAUCUUUUGUUAAAAGUUACCGAUCUUGGCUAACAUACGGAUACUGAACUUCGUUACGUAACGAGUGACAAUGGUUCACAGCCCGAGGGCUAAUUCAAGUUCCUCUUUCUGUGGAAUAACCGGUGCAAGUCUUUUCUGUUACAGUAAGAGCUGUCGAGAAAAUAGAAGAUCUGGUCCUAUCCGUUGCUGGUGUUGAAGGAAGUUAAUCAGAAUAAGCUGUUUUCAAAUUCAAAUGGGUUGCAACAACUAAUAAUAACAACUUAUUUUAUUCUUAAAAAAUAGGUUGCUUUUAUUUUUUUUAGAAUAGGUUGUUUUCGAAUAAGCUCUUUGAAAGAUAACUGAAUGCGCUUAGUCCCUUGGGGGAUUGGUCUGCAUUCAGGGGCUCUUUUGAGCACUUUUGAGGAAGUGAAGACGAAUAGUCGACUUUGCCUGCUUGACGGCUUUACGGAUAAGGAAUUCCUUAUCAACAAAUUGCGUCAAUAAGAGAAUCGAUAAAGAGAAUGCUCUCCCACAACCCCUUUUUUCACGGUUUAGGCGGCGAGCGAAAAUCAACUCACUUUUGCUCCUCUCCCAAAGGUCUCUGCCCUUCCAUCCCUUGGAUCGACGAGAGUGCGCCUAGCCAGGAGUGUGGUUGGUGUCACCUCCCGUGCGCUAGCUGUGCCGGAUGUUUAUUCGCCCACUCCUUCACAGAGCGAUGACUAACAGCCGGGGAUUCUUUUAGUAGAGCCUGAAAGUAGCGCUUGGCUCGAUUCCAACCACGGACGGAGAUACAUUUCAUCCAUAUCGCGGGCCUCACAUGGACAAAAUUCCGCUCUUCUUGCUCCACCAAUAAGAAAACAUCAAGAGCUUCCUCGUUCGUACUCAAUCAGUAGAUCAAUGAUUCGAAUGCGCAUCCCUAUCCAGUCAAUAAAGAAAGAUUAGGUUCGCGCUUCACUUCAUAUUUGAAAAAUCUAAAUAAAAACGAAGAAAUCUCGUUGUCGCGGGCAGGCCUCUUUACCAUCUUUCUACUCGAGACACGAGUAGAAAGAAAGAGAGUAAUAAAACAUGGUCAGUUCAUCUGGAUCGUUUCAUCGAGCAGGGUGGGCGACCCUUCUUGCUUGCUUGGCCGUCAAAGAGAGGUGCGGAAUUGGCAACACUAUCGGAGUUGCUAGCAGAUCGAAAUCGGAGGGAAUCAGUGCCAAUCAGUCACAACAACAGCCAGCCUUGGAAUAAGAUCAGUCAUUCCAGCAAACGUAGGCUUGAAAGCCGGAGUGCGUCAGGUUUUCGAGUCGAUCCAUAUCCAAUAGCUUGAUUGGUCGAAUGACCAGGAGGGGCUUGCUAAAAGCCAUUCACCGCCUUUGGAAAAGGAUUCUCGCGUCCCCUUUCCUUCCUCAAAUCUGCCUCCAGCAAGACGCCAAAAGCCGUAUAGUGCAGGAGCCCUGACGUGAACGGACGUUUUCUUUGUCUAAAAACCGGAGACAUCGCACCUGCAGUGUCUCAAUCUCCUCAUCAAAAAAAUCGGAAGUUGGGAGCGUUCUCUUUCUCCCUCUUUGUGCUUGAGCUGACUCAUCCUCACAAAAUAUCUUGGUGAGAAACUCCUGCUCUGAAUGGGUAAAGGAGGUGAGCUUGGAGAUUGACUGGGAAGAAAGCGAAAACCUGGGUCGGCUGAGACACUUGGACUUGAGGGGAACCCCAUAAUCUGCUUAGGAACCGCUCAUUCUUCUUACUCCCGCUCCUCGUCGGAAGGAAGUUUCUGUUGAUUCACCAGCGUGAAGAUAAGUAGAUGUGGCCCAGGGUUCUUCGGAAACCAUUGAUCGAGUAGUUUAUCCGGUUCCAUUUGAUCCAUCAGUGGUUGAUCUUCUAGGUGAAAGAGCUCCUAUUCUAGCUUCUACUCCCACGGGAGGGGGCAGUCAAUUCACUCAGUGGGCGAGCUUUCCCGGGUCGGGAGAGUCCUGUUUCAUAGGUAGGGGUGAAGUAGACUCUGAGUCAAACAAAGAAAAGAAGCGUCGCUUUGCUUUAGCCUGGUUAUUAGCUUACUUACUAAAGGACGUAGCUCCACUGGAAAUUCUCUACCCUUGCUCGCCUGCUUGAGUUCAAGAUUGAGUUUCAGAAUCAAAAGAAUCAAUAGAAAGAAAAGUGCUUACUGUAGCCGUAACUUUCACUGUCUAUUAAUCUAGCUAGCUAUCCAGCUUAGUCUGCCUUCUACUCUUUCUUAGCCUAACUUCCUCUGUUGAGGGAUAGGAAUGAAUCUAAACUACUUAAGAAUCUACUUUAAGGUCAAUCACAAAGAUAAAUUAUUAAAUAAAGUCUCUGGCUCAGCUUUAUCAGAUUGGGGAAUAUAAAGUACUUCCUCCCCUGUCCUUUCUUCAUCUCAACUACUAGGAUUGGAAGACUUCCACAUCAAGUGGAGAGUAUAGAACAAAAAAAAGUGGAUGUCGGUACCAAAGUUGCUGAUUAAGCUGUUACUGCGGUUCUUUAUUUUAUAUAGGAUCAAACUCUUCUUUUGACUAUGAUUGGGCCUAUAACGAAAGUGGUAGAACCUCGUGAACCAGGCGUACUACUUCUUUUUUCCUUUCUUCUCUUAUGAUAUUUCUAGGGGAAGAUGAAGAAUGAUGCUAUAGCCUCUCACUUUUCCGCUAUCCGCCUUCUUGUGAUAGGGAGAUGAGGGAUGCAGACAUUGAUUACAUACUAGUUUUUCAGACCUUCUGCUGAAAGCCUUCAAAAUCCUCUUCUAGUCGCUUACCUACCUCGAGGAGUGACUCUUUUUCUUGUGUUUAGCUGAGGGAAGGAAGGUGUUAUGGCCUGCCCGAGGAGGAGAUUCAGUCCCUUUUUAUGGCUGUGGAGAAGUGGACGAGGAUCGCGGAGGUGUUCUCACUAUGGUGAUUCGGUGAAGAGGGCGUAAGCCUAGUGAUUAUUGUUGAGAUCUUGUUGGUAGACCUCCACGAUAUGCGAAUGUAGCUACUUCAGAGUAUGUUCCCACUCCUAAUCCUUCAACCACUACUGAGCAUAAAACUCUAUCUGUGUCUGAGGAUGAGUACACUAAGUUCUUUCAGUAUCAAGCAGCAAAGCUUUAAUCUAUUCCUACUGCAUCAUUCGCCCUACCUUUCUUUCUCUUUCCUAUUGACAUAGCAAAGUAUGGUUCCAGCGAAACCCGUCUAUUCAUUCGUUUGUAGCUGAAUUUCUCUUAUUCUGGUAACAUUCAUUCCUGCUGUUUGUGAGUAGUCUUCCCGGUUUAUCCUCUGUAAUAAGAGGUAAGAGUAGUAGGAGCGAUACCGUUGUAGCUAGAGUAGUAAAUCAAAUCCCUUUUUCGAGAAAGUGGUAAUGAAUGGUCUGUAGUAAGCAAACCCAGUAGUAGCUGUUAUUAGUAAUACCAGUCAUUCCUCGGAUGGGAAGGCGUAGGCGUAAAGUAAAAAGGCGGUGGGCUGGCUUAGACAGCAAGCAAGCGAGGAGAUUCACCAAGCCGGUGUGACAGUAUGAGUAGGGUAGACUAGCAGGCAAAGGAAGCUCGGAUCUUUCCAUCUCACUUCACUCCGAUUGACCUAAGGAAAGGCAUGAAUAGAUGAAUAGGCUGCAGCUGUUGUUGGAGUAUCAUAGAAUAAAGCAAAUCCCCUAAAAUAGAAGGGUUCGUCUUUCAGCUUCUUUGCUAGUCUUAGAGUCUAACACCCGGGUAGAAGAAAAGGAAGAAGUAAUCGAAGAAGAGAAUUAACUAACUAUCCCGGAUAACCUUUAAAUUGCAAGGAGUCUUCUUAGCGGCCUUGAAGGAGUGAAAGAGAGAAGAAAGAGUAGCCGUUGUUGGUGUAAGCCUAUCAGCUGUUGAAUAAGCAGUGUUAGCACCAAAGAAGGAUGGAUGGGAGCUGCUGCUAUAAUAUAAGAGUAGAGCGUUGAACUUUAUUGAUUUUACCCGAUGCUCAAGUUCUGAGUGGGCGUAGGCGCACGUUCUCAAAGGUGGAUUUGAUAAGUGGAUACAACCAUGGUAUUGGUUGGGUGGGGAGACGAAUGGAAGACGGCCUUCAGCACAAAGGAGGGCCCGUAUGAGUGGCUCGUGAUGCCGUUCGGUCUCACCCAUGCACGCACCGAGUACCUUUAUGCAACUGAUGAAUGAGGUACUGAGACCAUAGAGGGGGUAAAUUCCGUAUACCUGAAUGAUCUUUCUCUUUCCGGAGUGAGGAAGACCUAAACCGUAACUUGUGGGAAUUUUUGGAUAAAGUUGUAUGUCAACUUGGAAAAGGGCGAGGGUGGUCUACGAUCAGUUGGGAAACUCGUAUACCGACGGGUUUGGUUGAUCCCGGGAGGGAUUGAAGAUAGACCAGUCCAAGCAAGAAAGAGUAAGUGAGGCGGCUAUGAAGGCGUCAGGAGGUACGAGAAAUGUAAAAAUGUCAACAGUAAGUUUCUACGAAAUUGGAGUGGGAUAGCGUCGGGUCUGGCUUUGUACUGGAGGAAGGAAGGGCACAAGGUAGCGUAGCUUCGAGCUACUGAAAAGACGCUUUACCUUUGUUUUUACCGGAUUUUUCACAGUGAUUUUUGAGGUGUGAUCGUAGACCACCCUCGGGGAAGGCAAUAGGAGGGGUGGAGGGCAGACCAGUGAAGUUUUAGAGCUCGAAGUUGGACGACGCUCAGCAAAAUGACUCCACGUAUGAUCCAAAAUUUCAAUGGUGAGAGCACUGAAAAAUGUUCAAAACUAUCUAUUGCCAAAGGAUUCGUAGUGCACACGGACCAUCAAGUACGGAGGUUCAACCAGUCUCAAGAGAAGUUGAACGCGAAAGAGUCAAAGUGGGUGUUCUUCCUUCCAUCGUGCGUGAUACGACAUAAGGCAGGGAAGCGCAACGUCGUAGCAGAUGCACUAAGUAGAAGGGCCAUGCUACUGCAGUCUGUGGAAACCGUAGUGAACUACGGAGGAAGGUGGGGACGGAUAAUUUUAGGACUUUUGCGAGGCAUGGAGGUUGAGCGGGAACCCGGGGAGAUCGAAGUAGUGGACUACUUUAGAUUAGAAUGAUGUUCUAUUUUUGAAACCUGCAUACUGAACUUUACGAGAGACCCUAUUGAAAAUGAAGGAGUUAGAGGGCGGAGCGGGGAGCUAAGACAAAACGUACCAAUUGGUAGAGGAGAACUACUAUUGGAUUGGCCCGGGACAUUGAAAGAUUUGUUUAGUCGUGUCGUCUUUGUAAGGAAUAAAAAGGUGGCAAGAGGUCUUUAUUCCCAGGCUCGUAAACUCGCUCCUAGUUCUUCUCCCAUUUUCGCCCACCAGAUAAGGCGCAUCCCUUCGCGGAGUCCUUCCUACCCAAGAAAGAAGAAUAGAAUGAGGGUUUACAGGGUGAGCUUCAGGCGAACUAAAGGGAGUAGAUCACUAGCCAAGUGUUAACAGUCAAAAGUCCCGAUGAUGAUUUAGGAAUGAAGUGAGUCUGCUUGCCUGUCUAGUCGGAGAUAGCCUUUUCAAAGUCAGGAGUGGCGGGAUGCUAAAGAGAAUGCUGCUGCUGCUUCUGAGUUCGCAUGUGCCUCGGGAGAACCACUACAUAUAAAUAUGCCUCUAUGCCAUUAACUUCGCAUCUCGAAAGAUAAAAAUCUAGAGAAAGAAAAAUCCCCUUUUAAACGAUAAGCGCUACGCCCCUCCUUGCCUAAGAGUUCUUGCUUCCUUAAUAAAUUACCUGCUGCUCUCCUUGCUGCUUUCCACUAAGGGUCUGAAAGAGUUGGAUAAAGUUUCACUCUCGAUGGCAAGGCUGGGGGAAGAUCGAAACUUCUAAGAGGUGAACCUGUUUCCGGAUUCCUUCUAGCGCUUAAGGUGCGUAGCGGAUUGACUAAGAGAUGGGGCAUUACCGGUGUUGGGAUACCUUUGAAUAUAACUCAACGUAUAGAAAGGAAGAGGUUGGGGCUUCUCUCUAGAUAGUGAGUGGUCGAAACUUUGGGAUCUAAUUCCAUAUCGACAAGCAUAUCAUAAAGUCGGCCCUUUCGCGAGAACCUCUAUACCCCGCCAUAAAAUGCGGCGCAUAGCCAUGAGACGGCGACGAGUAAGGGACAGGGAGGGGCAAUUGCCAGCAAUGCCUGGUAAACAUGUAGAAAAGACAGUUGAGAAGGCCUUUAGGGGCGCUGUUUUCAUCCAACUAGAAAUAUCGUAGGAGAAGCAAAAGAAUGUAACAUCCUUCCUUCUUCUUCUACCGUUCCUACUCAACCGAUCUGCGACAGCAUAAAUAUACUUUAACAGCGGAUAUGCGACCUUCAUUCACUAGAUGUAAAGAAACCAUCCAAAGGGGGAAACCCGCAUACCCACUUUUCCCCUCCCCCCCGCGAUGCAGGGGGCCUCGCUGUCGCCUUUGGCUCGAGCUACUUUUGCUCCUGGAACGGAUAGCCUGCUGCCCAAAAUCAAGCCCUAUCGUGUUUUUUAAGAAAACUGGGAUGCAACUGCGGUCUGGCUCUUUUGCAGUCUUUUGCCUGUAAGGAACU